GUACGUCUCCUGUGUGUGGCCACUCAGUAUGGUGAUCUACAGAGUGUGUGUUACCUCCUCAAAGAGGCUUGCAUCCCUGUGCCUCUGGAGCCAUCUAACAGCAACCCGGCUGUUUUGGCAGCGCACUGCGGCCACACCGACUUGGUCAAGGAGCUACUGGACUCUGUACCCGGUCCAUGCCUGAGGAAGGAUUUGCUCAACUCGAUGCUGGCCGCAUCUUGCCGGGAGGGUCACCUUGAUGUGGUUCGUCUGCUGGUCCAGAGCUACGAUGCUGACGCCAAGGACUGUGCAAUCCAUAGCGAUGAAUUUGCUGUCAUCACUGGCCUGCCACUGUAUGCUGCUUCACAAGCAA